CAGUCCGGUAAACCAGUCCAGACGUAUAAAGGUUUCUAUCUUGCAGUUGCUCGAAAAUCCAAUAAACCAUGUCCAACAACAACUUGAACGUCGCUUCUGAAGACCUCGACGUCCUUAUCGUAGGAGCUGGCUUUUCCGGUCUCUAUCAACUCCAGAUCUUUCGAAAACUAGGAUACAGCUUUAAAGUCUUCGACGUUGCUGCAGAUAUCGGCGGUACUUGGUACUGGAACCGUUAUCCAGGUGCCGAGUCGACACCCCGCUUUCAUCUACACGUUCUCCGCCGAAGAGCUCUGGAAAGAUUGGAACUGGACUGA